AUGAAGAACAAGGUCUGUCCGCAAGAUAUGCACAAGAUUGUGGAUGGCUAUGAGAAAGUUGUCGACAAUCUCAAUGCUCAUGCGCAUCCGAACGAUCCGUACCCAACUGCGGACUAUAUGCGAUCGCUGAUAAAAAAGGGAGCCGAGACAUAUGGUAUGUCCGCGGUAGGGAACGAUAUUCCACUCAGCGAAGGUGGAAAAUUACUCCUAGAGCGCAUUGAAGCGCCAUCAGAACAACCAUUAUGGAUUUUAUGCUGGGGAGGUACCAAUACAUUUGCCUCCGUCUUGCUCAAAAUCGAGAACACACACUCGGCCUCGGAAGCCGCACAGCUACGAUCAAAGAUACGCGUCUAUGCCAUUUCCGACCAGGAUGACACGGGCGUUUGGAUCCGCAACAGAUAUCCCGAUAUUUUCUAUAUCUGUUCUGUACAUGGCUGGAGUCAAUACGGCCUCGCAGCGUGGUCUGGUAUAUCCGGUGAACGAUGGUAUGGAUUCGACCACGGUGGUCCAGAUCCAUCAAGGAUCACCAAGGAAUGGAUUCGAGAAAACAUACAGAUUGGUCCCCUGGGAUCCGUCUAUCCCGACUUCAUGUUCAUUCCAGAAGGAGAUACACCGACAUUCCUAUAUCUCAUCCAAAACGGCUUAGGGGUACCUGAGCACCCCGACUAUGGAUCUUGGGGCGGUCGCUACAAUCGUACAGACACCAGUGGUCAGGGGCUCGUUAAUGGUCAUUAUAGCGAUGUACACGACGACGUCAUCGGCCUCGACGGCCGGAGGCACAAGUCAAACCAAGCUACGGUCUGGCGAUGGCGGAAUGCGUUCCAGAACGACUUUGCCGCUCGUAUGAAGUGGACACUUUCCCCUGACUUGGGUAGCGCAAACCACAAUCCUGUAAUCAGCAUCAAUGGUAGUACGGGAACACAACCUUUGCAAUUUGAAUUGGAGGCCGGGUCAACAUUUCAGCUGGACGCAUCUGCCACGUACGAUCCAGACCAAAACGACGCCCUUACCUUCAAUUGGUACCAAUACCUUGACCCUAGCGCAACACAAUGGUCUGCAGAGUAUGAAGUGGGAAGGCUUGUCAUUCGUCCGCUGAACGACAUUGGUAACACCGUUGAGGUCACGCUCCCCCCACCUGAAAAGUGCUGUGUUGAGCUCAUCAGCCGCGAUCCGGUGCCAAAAGGCCAAGUGUUGCAUCUUAUAUUAGAAGUUGAAGAUAACGGCUCCCCGUCACUGGUCAGUUACCGUCGGAUUGUCAUACAAACAACGAACGAGAAAUUAUUAGGCGGAGGCGGAGGGGGCGAUUCUAUUGCUGACGCUAUGAAGGAAAUUGUGUAA